UCUCUUCCUUUUACUCUCUGAUAUUCUGUGUUUAUGCGCAAUAAAUUUCUCUUCAAUCCAUACAUAAAAAAAGCGGUGACGCAGUACACACAAGACCGCUAUUCGUCGCUCAGGAAACGGACUGUGCUCGAGACCGAUUAUGAACAAAUCUUUCGCCUAGGCAUGCGAACAAUUAUGCAUUGCUACUUAAUUUAAGAACAGGCCAUUUAUUUCAGUUGUAAUGCUUAAUAUUAUUUAGUUAUUAGAUUCCGUGUUAGCAGUGAGCUAGCUAGCUAUCAAGCAUCUUCUGACAGUGACAUUUAUGUCUCUGCCUUGUGCUGUGUUCUCCGUCUUGGAAUGGGAUCGCAGACUGAUGUUCCGAACAGUUUAGUGAUUCAAACGAACAAAUCCAGAUCCUCCUUCUCUGAGUGACGCAGCUAUGUAUAUGUUUGGGCCCCAUGGUUGACUGCCAGGUGUGUGUAGUGUUUUUAUUCCCCGUACUCCUCCAUAGCCAACCCCAGCCCCAUAUCCCCCAGCCCCAUAUCCCCCAGUCCUAACCCCAGCCCGCUUCACCCUGUGUCAGAGUAUUUUGCUUGAACUAGCCCGUGUCUAAGUCCUAGCCCCAGCUCCAAACCCAUGCCCCUUUGCCCCUAGAUCCUUCUCCUUCCUUUCCUCACACCAGCCCCCUUGCCCAUUCAAAUCACCCACUUCCAGACCUAGCACCAGCCCCACUCCCAACCCUGUUCCCCCAGCCCCACACUCUAUCCGCCAGCCCAACUCUCUAUCCCCUACCCCUCUCUCCUGGCCCACCACCAUCUAUCUCCAGACCACGUCCAGCCUCCGUACCAUGCUGGGGAGAAACAUGUCCCAGAAGCUGAGUGGGCUGCUGAUAAUCUUGGGGCUGGCGUGGGGGCUCAUGUUGCUGCGCUACACCGUGCAGCAGCCGCGCCACAAGAGCAGUGGCGAGCUACGCCAACAGAUCCUGGAGCUGAGCCGGCGAUAUGUCAAGGUGCUCAACGAGGAGAACCAGAACACACUGGGAGGACCGCAGGGCCCCUCCAUGGCCGGUUAUGCUGAUCUGAAGAGGACCAUAGCAGUGUUGCUGGACGACAUCCUGACGCGCCUGGUCAAGCUGGAGGGGAAGAUGGAGCUGGUCGCCAACACUUCAGCCACUAACUCCUCCCAUCCUGCAGCAGGCUCCCUGGCCUCAGCUCCAGUUGCCUUACACAAGCAGGACACGCCAGGCAACCACCGCCUGGAAACGCCUCGCCUCCCUCCACACACACCCAACAGACCUCGCCCAGGGGUAUAGUAGUGUGGGUAGUGAUUGAGGCCCUGUUCAAGUAAAAAGUGCAUCUUUUCUUCUUCAGGUAGUCACUGAUCUAUUAAGGAUGGUCAGGUGGUAACUUUCCUUUCACUUAUCCAUUCAUUUACAGAUCAGUGAUUAGCUCAUGGGAGGAAGAAAAGAGUGAGGAUGUAUUCUAGAUCAUUUAAAACUAACCUAACCCUGAGAAAGGACUGACUGCCUGUACCUUUCCAAUAACUACUUGGCUGAUUGACAUUUUUUUACAUAGUAUUAAAAAAGAUGCUCAAAUGUCUAUCAGUCAUGGACUCUUAGGCAUACGUUUUAGAUUCCCUAAUUGUUUUUUCAUGAAAGGGUCUACAAACUGCGGAUGUGUCUGAGGAUGUCUGUGGGCAGCAACAAAGCAUCAGCAACAGUAGAGGAAAUGAACAAAUGUCUGUACUCUGUGGAGUCUUCAAGAAAGCUGAUGAUGAAUAUGAAUGGCACAGCCACCCCGAUAUUUUAUCCCUUGGACAGACCGACUAUGAAUUUUCUGUACUGCUUCUUUAAAUCUCAUCCAUAUCAGAAGUUGCUGAACUAAACAAUGCACUCAUGGUAGUUUUGGAAAUGAUGUAGUUGAGUUUGCAGAAGCUCCUGGUGCUUAAUAUGUAGAUUUGAAGAGUCCCUUUUUAGCUUUUUUAUAUAUAUAUAUGAUAUAAAAAACUAUUUAGCUGUUGUACAGUAGACUUUCUUUUUUAAAGGAUAAAAGUGAUAAUCCAAAGAAUUUUAUUUGCACUCUCCUUGAAGGCUUCAAAAAUGUAUUUUUACUUUGAUUUUAGAUGGUGUAUAACAAGUUGAAUGUAACUGUCAAUAAGCAGAUGAUUACCAAGUGGUUACAAUUGAUCAAUUCCAACUCCAUCUCUAUCCUCUUUGUCAGUACUCGGACUGUUAGUCCUUGUUGAUUCCCCUUGCAGAUACGAGUGGUUAGGGCCAGGACUUUUUCCUGACUGACCAGUAAAAACUCCUAUCCCAAUCAAUGUACAACCUGUUUUUUGUCUCAGUUUAGCCCUC